CCCCGCUAUAUCCGUUUGUGUAGCCCCGGGGCAGAGCUGCAGCCGAGCGGGGACUGGGUGCUGCAUACUGCGGGACUGGACCCUGGGACUAUGUGGCUGGUGGAGUGACCACCCGGCAUGGCAGUGAGGAGGGGGCAGAGCCUGGCCCUGGCCCUGGUGCUGGGGGCAGCGAGUGUCUGUGCCCGGUUCUCCUUCACCCUGAAGAUCUCCCCGGCUCUGGUCAGUCAGCCCCUGCCAGUGUCCCCGGCCACCCCGAAGGACAUAGUGGGGCUGUCCCUGGCCUCGGACCCCAGCGGGAAGAUCAACUUCAUGGCCAUGGUGGACAACCUGGAGGGGGACUCUGGCAGAGGGUACUACCUGGAGAUGAUGAUAGGGACCCCCCCACAGACGUUAAACAUAUUGGUGGACACGGGUAGCAGUAAUUUUGCAGUCGCUGGGACACCAAAUCCUUAUAUUGACAAGUAUUUUAAUUCAGACGGGUCCUCUACGUACCAGACUCUCGGACUUGACGUCUCGGUCCGGUACACUCAAGGAAGUUGGAGUGGAGUCUUGGGAAAAGAUGUCAUUACCGUCCCUAAAGGGAUCAAUGAUUCCUUUGUGGUGAACAUUGCCUCCAUCAUUGAGUCGGAGAACUUCUUUAUGCCCCAGAUCAACUGGCAGGGCAUCCUGGGACUGGCCUAUAGGAGUCUGGCCAAGCCAUCAAGCGCUGUGGAAACUUUCUUUGACUCCCUUGUUGAGCAGCAGAAGAUUCCUGAUGUCUUUUCCAUGCAGAUGUGUGGAGCCGGCCUGCCCACUUCUGGCACGGGCACCAAUGGUGGCAGCCUGGUCAUGGGGGGUUAUGAGCCCAGUCUAUACACCGGUGAUAUCUGGUACACGCCGAUCACCGAGGAGUGGUAUUACCAAGUGGAGGUUCUGAAGUUUGAAGUCGGAGGUCUCAAUUUAAACCUGGAUUGUAAGGAGUAUAAUGCAGAUAAAGCCAUAGUGGACAGUGGCACCACCCUCCUGCGCCUACCUGACAAAGUCUUCAAUGCGGUUAUAGAAGGGAUCAUUCAGACGUCUUCGAUUGAGAAUUUCAAUGAUGAGUUCUGGAUGGGCCUGCAGUUGGCUUGUUGGGAGAAGACUGAAGAGCCGUGGGGGUAUUUUCCAGACCUGUCCAUCUAUCUGCGGGAUGUGAACUCGAGCCUGUCCUUCCGUCUCGUCAUAAAGCCUCAGUUAUACAUUCAGUCUGUCACGACAACACGUGUGGAUCUGAAUUGUUUCCGCUUUGGUAUUUCGUCCUCAUCCAGUGCUCUGGUUAUCGGAGCCACCGUGAUGGAAGGAUUCUAUGUCAUCUUUGACAGGGAGGAGAAGAGGGUCGGUUUUGCCCUCAGUAAAUGCGCAGUGGUCAACGGCGUGAAGGUGUCCGACAUCUCCGGCCCCUUCAGCACGGAGGACGUGUCCAGCAACUGCAUCGCCACCAACCCCCUCAGGGAGCCAAUCAUGUGGAUUAUAUCUUACACGCUCAUGACCUUCUGCGGCAUCGUUCUGCUGGUCCUUGUGGUGCUGCUGCUCAUUCCCAACAGACGUGCCACCAGCCAGGACCCCGAAGUGGUCAACGACGAAUCCUCAUUGGUGCGCCACCGUUGGAAGUAAUCUUCGGCUGGCAUCUUAUAGCCUCCCCCUCCCCCCCUUCCCUGGUCUAAUCUCUGGGGUCGGGGGUGAUGGGACUGGACCUGGUGAGAUUUCCCAUGAUUCAUCACUUGCUGCUGGGAACCUUUUUUUGGGUUACGAACCCGUCUCUACCAAAGCUGUUCGCCGGACGUGACGCUGUCUAAAUAACUUAUUGCCUUUCCUUUCCUUGCAAAGUUCAAAGUAUGCCAGUAUUGGCAAAGUCUUAAUACUACUAAAGUACUACUACUCUACCUGGAUGCACUAUAAUCAUUUACCAUUGGACUAUUAUUAUUUUUUUUUUAUUAUUCUAUCAGCUAUAAGAAAGUGUUUUCCAAGCAGGGUGCCUCCAGC